UUCCGAUGAUACGUCAUCCACGGGCGCCCAUCCUGACGAAGCCAGAGAGUACACAGCGGAACCGGCAGAGGCAAUUGAGCUGAGGCGGUAGUAGCGGCGACCCCGACGGCAGCAGCGAUGGCCGGGGCGGGGCCAACUCCGGGACUCCCGGGUACAGGAGGACCUGUGGUCCCGGGCCCCGGCACCGGCAUCCCGGGCAAGAGCGGCGAGGAACGCUUGAAGGAGAUGGAGGCGGAGAUGGCCCUGUUUGAACAAGAAGUUUUGGGGGCUCCAGUAACCGGAAUCCCAGCUGCUGUGCCUGCGGUGCCCACGGUCCCCACAGUAGAAGCAAUGCAAGUCCCAACAGCUCCUGUGAUUCGCCCUAUCAUUGCGACCAACACGUACCAGCAGGUCCAACAGACUCUGGAGGCCCGAGCAGCUGCAGCAGCCACAGUGGUUCCUCCCAUGGUGGGUGGCCCACCUUUUGUGGGCCCAGUUGGCUUUGGCCCCGGUGACCGGAGUCACCUGGACAGUCCAGAGGCUCGAGAAGCCAUGUUCCUGAGGCGAGCAGCUGUGGCCCCCCAGAGGGCCCCUAUUCUGCAUCCAGCGUUCAUCCCUCACGUGCUGCAGAGAGCAGAUUCUGCUCUUUCUUCUGCAGCAGGUGGACCCCGCCCUAUGGCCCUGCGGCCCCCACACCAGGCCCUUGUGGGCCCCCCUCUGCCUGGGCCCCCUGGACCACCUAUGAUGCUGCCACCGAUGGCUCGGGCCCCAGGGCCCCCCCUGAGCUCCAUGGCUGCUUUGAGGCCUCCUCUGGAAGAGCCAGCAACACCCCGAGAGCUGGGCCUAGGCCUGGGGCUGGGCCUGAAAGAGAAAGAGGAGGCUGUGGUGGCAGCGGCUGCUGGGCUGGAGGAGGCUAGUGCAGCAGUGGCCGUGGGAGCAGGAGGUGCCCCAGCUGGCCCUGCAGUCAUUGGGCCCAGCCUUCCACUGGCCCUGGCCAUGCCUUUGCCUGAGCCCGAGCCCCUGCCCCUCCCGCUGGAAGUUGUGCGAGGCCUACUGCCCCCGCUGCGCAUUCCUGAGCUCCUGUCCCUGCGUCCGAGACCCCGGCCCCCGAGGCCUGAGCCACCACCUGGCCUCAUGGCUCUUGAGGUCCCAGAGCCUCUGGGUGAGGACAAAAAGAAAGGAAAGCCAGAGAAAUUGAAGCGCUGCAUUCGCACGGCAGCUGGGAGCAGCUGGGAAGACCCCAGCCUUCUGGAGUGGGAUGCAGAUGACUUCCGGAUCUUCUGUGGGGAUCUGGGCAAUGAGGUGAACGAUGACAUCUUGGCACGAGCCUUCAGCCGCUUCCCGUCCUUCCUUAAGGCUAAGGUGAUCCGCGACAAACGCACGGGCAAGACCAAGGGCUAUGGCUUCGUCAGCUUUAAGGACCCCAGUGACUAUGUGCGCGCCAUGCGUGAGAUGAAUGGGAAGUAUGUGGGCUCACGCCCCAUUAAGCUGCGCAAGAGCAUGUGGAAGGAUCGGAACCUGGACGUGGUACGCAAGAAGCAGAAGGAGAAGAAGAAAUUGGGCCUGAGAUAGGGUCUGUGGUCGGCACCCCUCCCACCCAGCCAGGCACUGGCUCCUUCCCAGUUCUUCGGAAAACCCUUGGCUACCCACCCAUCCAUCCUCCCCAAAACCAGUUUCAAUAAAUUUACGUUCAUUUCCA